AUGACAAAAGUGCGCGGCGUGUGCGGGUCACCAUUGUCAUCAGUGGAUGAGGCAGAAGACACAGGACGACGUUCUUUCUCCUUUCCAGAAUCAACUUCGUCUCCUGCAUUGAAAAGGACACGUAGGAAGCGCAAGGUAAAGAAAUCGAUCUUGCCAACGACAAAAAAGCUAAAAUCCGAAUCUUCCGCACUAUUCGAGACAAAAAGUAUUCACAAACUUGUACAAGACGCACCAAGAGAUUUGGUCACGUAUUUAAAUGAUCAGAUGAGUGUAAUUCAUCAAGAGAAACUCGAGAAAGAAUAUGGUCGAGGACAGGGGUAUAUUGUAACGCUACCAUUGCCUAGCUCGAAGAAGAAGCGGAAGGAGUAUGAGAAUUGGAUCAAAGAAUUGGGUUUUACAUCCGGUACUGCAUUGAAACAAAAUGCUUUGCGUAUUUCUAGUCUCAAGGCAGAUGUGAUUAUCAAUGAGUUAAAGCGGAGAAUGUCGUCUAUGGCCGAGAAAUGGGACAUAGAGAAAGCAGAAGAAGUAGAAGACUCAAAUGUGGUAAAGGAGUUGAUGAGUAAAGGCGAUACAUUAUUGAAUAAUGAACAAGAAGAAGAAGAAAAAUCGACUGGAGAUGACGCCACAGAUAUGGCAAUGAUGAUUCGGCUCAAACAAUACUAUCAAAAACUGGAAUCACAGAAACUUGAGGUCGUAUCAUUUGAGGAAAACCACCGACUAUUAUCAUCGACACAGCACACGGCAAUUGCUGAUGCAAUGGAAGACGUACUGGCACAGCCUUCGACUCGUCGUGACCGUCGUCUUGCCAGACGGUUAUCUAAGUUGGGAAGAAUAUCAGACCGGCGUUUGUCUUCUAUUGCACUGGCGCCAUCGUCUUCCUCUUUUCUUCCACUUGUUGAAGACGAUUGGCUCUGGGAUCGAAAAAUGGAAACAAGGGCACGGACACCAAUCAAGCGUCACGUUUCGCUUGGUGACAACGGAGUAGCCGAGAAGACGAAGGUGGAGGGAGAACGUGUGUUGUAUCUUGUACUUGACUCAGGUUUGAUAGAUGUGAAGGUAUUCAAGGAAGUGCUGCGCAAGGUAUCUACAGUAGCAUACGCUUGGCUUAUCGCGGACUACUCCAAGAAAGCAAACGUCUACUCGACGGCGUAUAUGUACUAUUGCCACCCGCACGGUCAUUAUCUUGCGAAUGGUGCUUAUAAAGAAGUCUUCAAGGUGUUUUCGUCACAAAAGUGUCGGCUAGAGGCUAUCAGCGUGAUGGAUAUUAGCGCAAUUGAAGCUGCCGGUAACCAGAGUGUCGUUUGUCAAGAGGUGGCCCACUCGGUACUGCUAUCGCACGCUACUGAGCAAGGCAUGUGUCCAAAUUUCCUCCGGAUUUACGAUGUUUUUCUUGCGUAUGAGCAACCCCGCUCUGAUCUUUGGGGUAGCAAAACAAAUCGCAAGCCGGCUGAGUUGUUGACAGAGACAAACCAUAACCCUGGCGCUUUCAUCUGCCAGGAGGAUCCAUUGGUAUCCUCAAGCGACGAAUGUAACCGAUUGUUCCAAUAUAUUCGGAUGGAGUUUUGUGAUGGUGGUGAUUUAGAAGAUUUUAUCGGACUACAAAGGAAUAAGACGCUACCUCUCGCAACUGUAUCCGUGCCAUUUUUCUUUCAAAUGGUGUAUAGUCUGUACUGUGCUCGAGAAAAGUUUAACUUGCGACACUGUGAUAUUAAGCUUCUCAACUUCUUUCUGAAGGACAUUGGUCGUGCUGAUCUCCGCAAGGACCCAGGAUCUAAUAUCGUAUUGCAUUAUUUGCUGGAAGAUGUUUGCUUUGUUUUUCAAAUGCCCGCCUCCUUUUCGUACUGGGUAAAAUUGGCUGAUUUUGGUGCGGCUGACUCAAACCCGGAAAACUUGGGAAGUCCAGUCACAAUUGAUCAGUUCACUACCCUAGAAAAUACACCGGUCGAGUUCUUGCUAGAAGGUGACGCAGCCAAGCAGUCCUAUGCAGCAGACACAUUUUGUUUGGGCCUCUGCGUGCUACACUUGUUUACUGGAUGCGCACCAUACGAAGAGAUUUUUGGAACACGUGACUUGCCCUGCAGAACUUCUGAAGGACCUCAAGUUCAUUUGGAUGAGCCCACGGAAGAAUUCAGGAUUUUCUGUGAUUAA